GGGAACUCCGAUAAGAGAUGAGAUAUCAAAAGGAAUGGCACGAUAGAUCGAGACCACGGCGACCCCGUCCGCGUUGCCCGUGCAUCAUCGCCCCUGUCGUCUCCGGCCAACGGUGGUGCUCACCGAUUCGGAUAUUACCACCCCCUCAAGACGCACGACGCGCGAGGCAUCUCCACUGCGACGCUUCGUCUCUCUCGCAGGAAACCCUAGGCAAACCCGAGUGUCCUCCUCCCUGUUGCGUGUAAGUCGGCCGGCGACACGAACGACCGACGACCAGGAUUCUCCCAGCGUUAGCGGCGGCGGUGCAGCGCGGCGCCUUCCCCCGAUUGGGUUCCUUCUGAGGUAAGGGGAGAACUGGUGCCUGUUUGGUAGAGCAGCAGCAGUUGAAGUCGCUGCUGAAAUGUUCACCAACGACAAGCGUCAGGCGGAGCGCACUGGGAGGCGUGGCACCCCUCGAGCCCAAUACCUUCAGGAACUUGUGACAGAGUUCCAGAAUACAACAAAUGAAGAAUCAAAAGAGAGAAUUGUUGCGAAUCUGGCCAACUUUGCAUAUGAUCCUUACAAUUAUGCAUUUCUGCGCCAGCUUAAUGUAUUGGAGCUGUUUCUGGACUGCAUAACAGAGCAUAAUGAAAAACUUAUUGAGUUUGGCAUCGGUGGGAUUUGCAACUCUUGUGUUGAUCCAGAAAAUGCUGCAAUGAUCAUUCAAUGUGGUGGAAUUCCAUUGGUCAUACAAUGUUUAUCCAGCUCAGAUGGAAGUACUGUGACUUAUGCUCUUGGGGCUUUAUAUUAUCUAUGUAAUUCUUCUUCUAAGAAAGAGAUUUUGAAACCGGAAGUUAUUGAAGUCAUAAGACGAUAUGCUGCAUCUGGAUCUCCGAAUGUGAUAUUUAGCAAUUUGGCAAAUGCCUUUUUGGACAAGCACGUAAACAAUUGACAGUGGCUGUGCCUUCAAAAUAGGGUAUUUGUCAUCAGUCAAAACUGGGAAUCCGAUUUCUCGAGCUGAAAGUUGCCUUUGGGCUUCAGCCUUCAUCUUUCGCUGAAAACUUUAGGUGGAAGGAGGGUUUUCACAGAAGAUAGCUCUGUCGGGUACUUCAGUUGCUUCAAACAUCUCAGUUCCUCAUGCGGAUAUGUAUCAUAUUGGUGUUCCUCGCAGAGGUCUGCUGGUUCCACACACAGGCAGGGACAGAGAUCGGUCCAGAAAUGGAAGGGCCCGGGCAAAAUUAGUAAGUUUUAUGGUGACUGGAUUGAUGACAUUGAGUAUAACUUUGAACACACAGCACCAGUUUAUGAGUCAGUUGAUCUCCAUUUAUGAAAUUGGCACAUGAUAAAUAAAGGUUCUGUUUCUGGCUUGCGUUGUGA